UGAACAAGAUGGCGGAAGAAGGUGUAUUCGAUGUUCGGCUGGUAAACAUAAUCCUUGUAGGAUUUGCAUUUAUGUUUUUGUUUACAGCGUUUCAAACAGCAGGGAUGUCAGAGACUGCUGUUUUGAAGAGUGCCCGAGAAGAUUCAAAUGGAAGUUUCACUGGAGAUGGUUCUAUAAGUCUGGGUAUCAUCUAUGCAGUGUUUGCGGCUGCUAACUGGAUAGCUCCCCCUAUUGUUAGUGCUAUAGGACCAAAGUACACCAUGUUUAUUGGUGCCAUUCUUUAUUUAUUGUUCAUCCUGUCCUUCCUGAAGCCAAUGACUUGGGCGUUGUAUGCAGGAUCGGUAUUGGUGGGACUUGGAGCAGCAAUUUUAUGGACGGCCCAAGGAAAUUUCCUCACAAUUAAUUCAGAUUCAGAUACAGUUUCCAGAAAUAGUGGAAUCUUCUGGGCCCUACUUCAAUGCAGCUUGCUCAUAGGAAACAUUUACAGCUACUUUGUGCUGAAAGGAAGGGAAAACAUUGAUGAUCACGAGAGAUUUCAACUAUUUGCUGGCCUAAGUGGUGCUGCCGUAGUUGGUGUACUGUUGUUUCUUACUCUACGCAACAGGCGUAACACGGACACAGAAAACCUCAUCAAUCUGAACUCCAGUGGUACACAAUCGGAGGGUCCACUGUCUGCAGUCAAGAGGUCUUUUCACCUUAUGAAAUCACGGGAGAUGCGUUUAUUGAGUGUUGUCAUAGCCUACACAGGUGUAGAACUGACCUUCUUCAGUGGUGUAUACGGUUUCUGCAUUUCCAACAAUAAACAUUUCGGUGAGGAAUCCAAGGGACUCAUUGGUAUAUCUGGCAUCUUUAUUGGUGUGGGAGAAAUACUGGGUGGUGCCAUGUUCGGACUGUUUGGGAAGAGGACCAAUAAGUAUGGGCGGGACCCCAUAGUUAUAUUAGGAUACAUCGUACACAUGAUAGGGUUUUACCUCAUCUUCCUCAACUUACCAAGUGAUUCAACGUUAAAUAACGCCACCUCAUCGGAAUCUGCGGCCACUUAUCUGAAUCCAUCAAAUAAAUAUGUUGCCAUUCUGUGUUCAUUCCUACUUGGAUUUGGUGACAGCAGUUUUAAUACCCAGAUUUAUUCCAUCCUGGGGUUCAUGUUUCCAGAGGACAGUUCUCCAGCAUUUGCUCUCUUCAAGUUUGUCCAGGCGUUAGCAGCAGCAGUGUCGUUCUACUACAGUACUUACCUGUUGUUACACUGGCAGCUGCUCAUCCUAGUUGUCCUAGGGACACUGGGCACAUGGUGUUUCUGUCUCAUAGAGUGGAGUGCCAGUAAGGCAUUCCGGGCCGGCUACCAGUCCAUCGGAUGACAACGAAAGGUCAACAGCCAGGAUGCUACCUGUGCUGCUGACACAGAAUUUACAGAUGAAGAGGAUGAUGUUACAAUGCGGACAUGACAAAAGAGCCAGAGCUAAACCCGGGUAGACCUUGAUGACAAACGAAGCCGAGUCAGGUCAAAAGAGGAGGAGAAUAAAGAAAGACUGUGAUCGUAGUGUAGAAAAAAAUCAGAUGUUACAUGUAUUACUGUAUAUAUUAUGUAAGCCUUAUACCUACCAUAGUUGAGCUGAUUCUAUACUGAAGAAUAUCAAUUCAGCAAGAUUCUUAGAUGUAUCUGUAUGGUGAACAAAACAGUCCAAACAUUGUAGCCCAUUGAUUACAAGGGAAUUGCUUUUUCAUCUGUGUUAAAAUUUUGGUUGCCUGGUUUCACAAGGGCAGCUGGACCAAUGAAGUCUUGAUCGAGUUCAACACUUGUUCCCUUAAUGCAUAUAGUUAUUUUUAUCAUGAGGCCUUCUAUAUAAUGUUACAAUUAUUUUAAUUAUUUCGGGCCCCCUCCCUCCAAAACUCUAGGAGGAGGGGGGCACUUUUUGUGUCCUCAUAACUCAUAGUUCUAUAUACGGUGCACACUUUACCACAUCAACAAUUACUCUCAUAAUUUAGAUCGCCCGCCCCCUGUAUACUAUCAAUUAAAGGUACCUCUUUUCCUUAUCUCACACAUAUUCAUAUCUGUGAUAACCUUUGGAGAUUUAUAAGUAAAGUGUAAUAUACUUGAUAUCGGGUGAUAAAGGCACAUCUGUCCCGAUGGGAUGUAGUACACAUGACCAUGACUAUAGCAGAACCUUGCUAAUUUUGUCUUGUGCACAGCUUAUGUGUGAUUCGAGUGGGAGAAAAUGGAAUAUAUAUUAUUUUUUUUUGUAUGCCCUGCAUGUAUGUACAUUAAGGAUUAAGGAUAGGUAAAGGAAAUCAGAAAAUGUUGUGUGUUAACAGAAGUUUGAACUGUUAGAAUUUUUAAGUCAUCUGUUGUAACAACAGGAAGGUUACACUAUACCUUGAGUAAGAGGAUGGGACAUAUGUUAAGUGUUAGGGGUUAUUUAUGUAAAAGCUUGCCAAUGAUAUGUGCUAAUAUGCUGAUAUUUUACAUGUGGGUUCAUUUGGGGUUUCACAUUGAUGCUGUGAAACCAUUUUUUCAGGUUUUUUUGUUGAGAUUUCACAAAACUUCCAGGUCAAUAUUUUUAAAAGAGAAGUUUUGGGAAGGUUUUCUUUUCAUUGUGUAUAAGUGGUAACACACAUAUAUUUCAGGUUUAUUACACAGGUACAAAGAUUUCAUUUUGACCAUAGGACUUUGUGUAAAAUCCUCUGCUGUCAGCUCAGUACUAUUAAAGACAAAUAUUUACAUAACAAUGCUAAAAUGACCAUGUUACUUAUGUAACAAAGUUGAAUGACAUAUAAUUGGGUUGUGUGGUGAAAGUAUUUUAUCUACGUUCAAUUUUAUUUUAUUUUCCAAGCAUCCCCAGGUAUAUGUUCAGGCAAAUGUGUAAUAUUGCCCCUAAUGGUAGUUACAUGUCUUUAUAUCCUUGAUUUGAUCAUGUAUUUACAAAGAAUAUAAAAGUAUUUAAAAAGGAAUAUAUAUUCAAGACAUUAGUUGGUUUCUCCAGUGACGGCCAAGGGAACAAGUAUGUUUCUUUGGGCUCUGAUAAUGUAUAAACAGGCAAUCAUUGGGUGGUUUUGUCAGCUUCUGUAGUUUCUUGAUAAUCUGUCACGGAAAGGGGGAUAACUUGUAUCAUCUUGCCUUAGACGAGAAUGUAUAUACAGGUACUACUGGAUAAAUCAUUGCUUUACAUUCAAUGUACUUGACGUAUGAAAGUGGUAUUUUUUCCAUGACUGGUCCUUGUUUAUUAUUUUCAAGUAAUUAGUGUUUACGCUAAAAGCAUAGCAUUGAUAUCUGACAGAACCUACACUCUAUGCUGUACGGGGCCAAAAUGAUGUAUUUAUUAUGUAGUUACCCUACCUUUACCUGACAGUGUGUAAAAUUGGUUUUUGUUCAUGUACAUAGAUGUUAUGAUAUAAGGAAUUCAGCUAUAGCUGUUACUGUUUGGGUAUAAAUGUAUUAAAAUGUUAAUAGCAUAAAUGAAACAUGUUACAACUUCUGAGACUUUUUAAAAUGAAUAUUAUUAUAAACAUUGCUGUAUACUAUUUGAUUUUAUCAGGCAAAUAUGUCUCUGCUAAGUAUUUUUUGGGAUGGAUUCGGACCAAAGUAACUUUUGUUGUAUAAAUACUUUAACAUGUCAUUUGUUUAAUUCAGAUAAACACAGUUUGUGUUUCAUUGCAGCAUUGUUUUAGCAGUAUCAUUGUUUUUAAUCAUGAGGAAGGAAUGGAGAAUAUUUUGUUGUCAUUAUUUUAUUUAUUCACUUUUUUCAUUUUUUUUUAAAAUUCACAUAUACUCCACAGUUUCUUUGUUUUUGUAAGAUAUUGGAAUGUUUUAUAAUUUGAUAAUACUUGUUACGUUAAUGUGCCGGAAUGUUUGAAUUAUUUUCGAGAGGCUUAGAGGGUUUAUAUUAAAGGGUUGUGCAUUAACUUUGACCAAAUUUAAAACCAUCCGUGAUUGUGUAGACUUGGCUGUAACAAAUAUUAUUAUACUGCAACAAAACAGCCAGUAUCCUGUUCAAAGGGAUGGAUCAGAUGUGUUAUUCUGUGCUAUGGUAACAUGAUGUCAUUAUUCCUUUACUGUUGAUUGCUUCAAGUUUAAGGGCAGCCUAUGGAACAUUGAUAUGUGAUACAUGUUGGUGUCUUACUGGAAAUAUAGAACAUGUAUGUAUAUAAAGAACAAUAAUUUUUAUAAGUAUGGAAUUAAAGCAAAACAAGUGGUGUCUUUAUCGGAUGUCACCCAUUUAUUCCAUGAAAGUGCCAUGGCCAAUCAACCAUGAUUUUGUGUAUUGUAUAUAUGUAUUAAUCUGCCAAACGAUUCUGAUCACUUUGACAUGAGAUAAAAAUGUGGUAUUUUGUAUGAAUAUGUCAUAGAGGGAUAUGUUUUGGGUUAGAAUUUUUCCUUUGUGCUGGGUAAUUAUGGUGAAAUAAGUACUGUUUUCAGUCUGUGAAGUGUCGCCUGCAGCAGCCUCUGUCUAACACUGCUCCCUGCUGUUGUGUCCUUAAGUACACAGAGACAAGCCUUUGUUUAAAGUCCAUUUUCUGUUUGAGCUUGUGAUCUAACCAGAUAUGGAAUCAUGGUCAUUUAGUUAAGUUUAAAUGCUUCAUAAAUCUGUAUUGGUAAGUGAUCUGUAAUUUAGAACUGAUUUUGUAAUAAUGCUGUCAAAAAGUAACGCAGGUGUCCUUAGGUGAGAUCAGCUAGAGCGGAAACCACGGGUAGAGUAAAAGGGCAAAAGCUCACUUGAUUUUGAUUUUGACAGACUGUGUCAUGAAAACGUGACUUUGGUAUCAAUGAUUUUAUGGCCAGUAAUAUUUCAAUAGAUAAAGAACAGAUGUUCCCUUCACUCAGAGUGGUAGCUUCAUUGACCCCCUCCUGUGUUUUAUCACCAGAUCGGGUCUUACAGGCCUUUCACUGCCUAUCCAUUACCAGUACAUACUGUUUACAUCCGUGUUCCAUUGUUUCUGCCCUUAAUAAGGGGUUAUACUGCAGAAGCUUUAGCCCUUUCACCACUGUAGACCUAAAUGGACUUAUACAUAUCAACGCAUGGUAAUGUCUACUAAAGUUACAUAGGGGUGAAAGGGUUAGUGAUGCGUCAUAAAGCUAAACCCAGCUUUUACCAGGUGUUGGACACCUAGAUGUGUAGGUUUGUGUGAUCAUGUUUACGAUUCGACACAUUUUGUGACACACGUGCUGUGAUGGAGAUGAUUUUGUGGUGCUACUUUGUUACAUUAAUUUUCACGCCCUUACAUUAAUUAUAUUUAGUUAAUUUCUUCUUACGAGAUUAUUAACUGUACUACGCAGUGAUGGCAAAUUUAAAUAGUAUGCAAACAACUAAUUACACAAGACUAUAAACAUACAUCUUAAAGCGAAACAGAAAUGUAUGUCCUAAAACUUUCUCAAUGAAGUUGUUUAUUAUCUGUGAUAGUACCGUAUUAUAUAACCAACAUGAACGAUUUCAAUGUAAAGCUAGAUUUAUGUGUUUUCAGUUUAUUUUCACCCAUUCCAUUUUCCACAGAAACUACAUGACUUGUUAAUGUUUUCAGCUAUCAGUUGUCUAUUAAAUAUACUAAUUGUACACUAAUCAUGUUUAUAUAUAGUGACAACAUAUGUGAUGUCAGCUGUGCAAUAGCUUUACCAAAAGAACACUAUUUUUCAAUACAUUUCACCACGAGAUUACUUGGUACUAUAUUCUGCCAUGACCACAUUAAAUUGGUAAACGAACAA